UUGAAGUUUCAAUAGUAAGAAGUGAUGGCAUAAAGGCUGUUAUGUGCCAUCUAACAUGCAGGGCUGUAGCUUCUACUUGGUGUGUUUAAUCAUUUGCUGCAUGCAAACGGUUACAGACACUCAGCAAAUUACAAUAAAUAACACAGGCAACGAAAUUACCGACUAUAGAGAUAAUAAAAAGGAUGGCCUUGCUAUAUCCAGAGAAAUAUUCAGGAAUAUCACAAAGAAAUUGCGUGAAAAUUUUAAUAGUGAAGUCAUCGCUGAUGUUAAUCAUCAAAAGAUGAAAGUAAAAACAAACGAGCAACGUAAUUUUGCUCCUUAUCAAGGGUAUCACCAUCACGAGCAGCACUGGGGGCCGUACUUCGAGGAGAGUAAUGUCACACAAAUGGAGGCACACGUGGGAUCGGAGGCUUUGUUAAAUUGUCGUGUCGUCAUGCUCAAAGAUAAAACGGUAAUGUGGCUUCGAAACACGAGUGACGUGGCGCAGUUAUUGACAGUCGGGAGAGAAGCGCAUGCUGGUGACAGCAGGAUCACUGUGAAGUUCCAAUAUCCAAACAAUUGGAGAAUUAGUAUUAACCCUGUGAAGGCGUCAGACGAAGGUCUAUAUAUGUGCCAAAUAUCGACGCAUCCACCUAGAACUAUUUACUCAAACUUGACUAUUUUACCUCCAGUAUUAACUAUAAAUGGUGAUAAAUUACACGUUGUUAAGGAUAGAUUUUAUAAAGCGGGUAGUUUGAUAAAAUUAUCAUGUGCGAUAUCCGAGGAGUACAUCCUAGCUACCGAAUUCGAAACAUCAAUAGCACCGACAACAAUAAAAACAACAACACCUAUGACAACAACAACUGAAUUAACAACUAAAUCGAGCGCCGUAUUCAAUAGUUUAGAAAUUAUGUUGAACAGAAGUUGGAGUAUCGCAACAACAACUAUUACUUCAACAGUUAGUAUAAGUACAACUCCAAAAAUAUUACCAGAAAUUCAAAAAACUACAUUAAUACCCACAUCCCAACCUAAGCUAUUGAACAAUGUGUAUGGGUUGCUAUGGAAGAAGCAAGGGAAACUUUUCAAUGACCAUAUAUCAUGGCGUAAUAUCAGCGCUACAAUAACUAUUGCGUCUGCUUCGCAAGAAGAUAACGGACUCUACACGUGUCAGUUGAAAAAUCAUUCACAAGUAACUACUAACGUUCACGUUCUCAUAGGAGAAAACCAAGCUGCGGUUCACCACGACACGUGGAAUAAAGGAUCGACUUGGCAGGCGUAUAAUAGACCGAUUUUAUCUUUAAUAUUCUUAUUAUUCAUAACUUAAUGUAAACG